UACAUGGAAGUACUUCAAUCGGAGUUUAUAAAUACUUCUCUAAACUUUGUGACUCCAUUGUUCAAGUGAUAAAGGGUUCAGAGAUCAUCAAAAGUCAGGGUUUGAAUUAAUAAUAUUGAUUGCCGCUAUAUUAUUAGUUAGAACGACGUACAGUUUAUGGUGUAGAAAUAAGACAUCUACGUCAAAAAUGAGUUUACUUAAUUUUUUUAUAUUAAUAAUGUGUCUAUUUAUAGCUAGUGGCGAUUGUUUUACAAAUGUGUAUCCUAAAAUAAAACAAGAAAAUUAUAAUGGCGAUCCUGGUCAGCCAUUAAUACUAACACCGUUAAUUGAACAAAAUAAAAUUGAAGAAGCUCAAAAUGCCUCGCAAGUUCAUUUCAAUGGAUUCAAGAAUGUUACAAGCUAUGCGGGGUAUUUUACUGUGAAUAAACAAUUUAAUUCGAAUAUGUUUUUUUGGUUUUUUCCAUCUCUGAAUAAUUACAAACAAGACCCAGUGAUUUUAUGGCUUCAAGGAGGUCCUGGUGCAACAUCUCUUAUAGGAUUAUUCGCAGAAAACGGACCUUUUAAACCCAAAAGCAAACACGGUUUAAAACUUCGUAGACAUGCGUGGACCAACACUCAUUCUGUUAUAUACAUUGAUAAUCCUGUGGGAACAGGUUACAGUUUUACUAAUGGUGGAUAUGCAAAAAAUGAAACUGCAGUGGGAAAUGAUUUAUAUGAAGCUCUUGUACAAUUUUUCCAAUUAUUUCCUAAACUUCAAAACAAUAAGUUUUUUAUUGCUGGUGAAUCGUAUGCUGGAAAAUAUGUUCCUGCCAUAGGAUACACGAUUCAUAAAAAUAAUCCUACAGCAAAAGUCAAGAUUAACUUAAGUGGGUUGAGUAUCGGGAAUGGAUUCUGCGAUCCCGAAAAUCAGGUUUAUUACGACGAUUAUUUAUAUCAGUUGGGAUUAAUCGAUUUGAAUAGUAAAAUUCAAUUGAGAAAAAUAGAAGAACAAGGACUCAAUUACAUAAAAAAUAAGCAAUGGUAUUUAGCUUUUAAGACAUUUGAUGAUCUCAUAGACGGGGAUAUUAGUGGACAUUCUUCUUUAUUCAAAAACAUAACAGGUUUCGAUAAUUAUUAUAACUAUCUUAAUGCAAAUAAUACAGACGACAAAUUCAUCUACAUGGGAAAAUAUAUACAACAAGCUGAUAUUAGGAGAGCUAUCCAUGUAGGGAACACUACUUUCAAUGAUAUUAAUCAAAUGGUGGAAAUAAAUCUAAUUGAAGAUGCGUUUCAAUCGGUAACACCAUGGAUAAGUGAAUUAUUAAAUCAUUAUCGAAUUCUUUUUUACAACGGGCAACUGGACAUUAUAGUGGCUUAUCCGCUGACAAUAAAUUUCUUGCAGAAUUUAAAAUUCAGUGCGGCAGAAGAAUAUAAAACCGCAAAAAGGCGCCUAUGGUUUGUUGAUGGUGUACUCGCCGGAUAUGAAAAACAUGCAGGAAAUUUAACGGAAGUUUUAGUUAGAAACGCUGGUCAUAUGGUACCAGCAGAUCAACCCAAAUGGGCAUUAGAUUUAAUAACAAGGUUUACUCAUUACAAAGUGUAGCAUAAAAACUGAUAAUAAUUAAUUAAUAAGCCAAACGUAUAACGUACAGCUAAUGUUUAGUGUGCAUGUAAUUUGAAAAUCUUUUGAUUUUCAUUUUUUUUUAAAAAAAAUAACGGCUCUGAUUUCUUUUGUUUAAGUAAUUUUUACGUAAUUAUGUUUUUGUAAAUAAAAUAAAAAUACAAUUUUCACUUACACUAUUUUUACGAAUGGGUGGAUGGGUUACAUUCCGUUAAAAAGGUAGGGAAUGUCGAAUUAAAUAAAAUUUAUAUGGGGUAACAUCCAAUAAUUAUAAGAAAAAAUCUUAUAAACUGAAUAAACGACGAUAAUGCUGUGGGAUUUUUUAAUUUUGAUCUUUUUUCUUUUUGUAUUUUGAGUGUUUUAACGAAAACUGUAUCUGUAGGUAAAUGAUCUCAUAGUUUUAGGAAUGAAUUAAAAAUUAUCAAAACAAAAUUCAAAUAAAUUCGAAAAAAUUAAAACAUGUACCUUCCAAGCAAACGUAAUAUUUUACAUGUUAGACGUUCUAUUGUGAUAGUGUUUUCGCAUGUAUGUGCAUAUAUCAAUAAGGGCUAAUAAAUGUUAAUUAAUAAA